CAUGUAAUAUUUUGAUGCAUAAUGACUUACCGUCUUAUCGCUGAUUAGUCAUGAUGGUUUAUACAAUGCUGAGAAAUUAAUAUACCAAAAGCCACUAAUCAAAAUCUUGUAAAAAAUAAAAAUCAGAUUAAAUAACACUUUUAUAUGACAGCAGGAAAGGACCAAUAAGGUCAACAAAAUCCCGCUCCUUAGUUUACCUACGAAAUGAACGAUUAAUCAAAUAAUUUUCGUAAGUCUGUGAAAUUGAAAGAAAGAAUGAAUUUAUCUGAGGAAUUACUGCUAUAUUUAUGUGGAUGCAUACUUAUACUUAACAAUGUUAUAGUUGUCUAUUUAAUUUUCUACAUAUAUCGACUUAAGAAAAAGUACAAAUGUAGUAUACUACGAAAUCCAUCUACUUGUAACACUAUCAAAAUAGACAAAUAUCUAACAAACGAUAGCUCUAACAAACCAACGCAACCAAACCAAGAAAAUAUUCAAAGAAAGGAAGAAACAGUAACUUUAAAACCAAACAAUGCGAGCAACGAAAACAUGAAUAUCGAGCCAAAUCUAAAGGAAAUAAAUCUUGAUACGAAACCGAAAAUUGUUAAGAAACCACAUUUGCCGCAUCGUACAUUGCACCGUUUCUCAACUGUUAUAGAACAAUUCAAAAUUAAAAGUGGCUUAGGGGAAUUUUCAAAGUCAAGUAAAGAAGACAGUCAAUCCAUUCUUAAUAAUAGUGCAUCGUCGUCACAACGGGAUAGUAAUGAUGAUACUGUACUUAUUGAUAUGAAUGAAAUUACGAUCAACGUUACUAAUCAAAAUGAGGAUGAAGUGAUGAAAUUGGAAACCGUCACACCGGUAGACAAUUCUAAUGAAUCAAAAAUUGAUGAAAAAGGACAUCACAAUAAAAAUAAGUUAACUCAGGCGAUUUUAUUGCCGAAUGUAUUAGAAGAAUUAAAAGAAAAAACGGCAGAUAAAAAUCCAAUCUCAGCGGUUGGAAGUUCCGAAAACUUCAAUAAUGGAUCAAUAAAAUCAUUACCAGAAUUGGUUAACGAAAACGAGCCUACAAUAGCCACCGAAGAAGUUAAAAGUUUGGAUAGUAAUGAAAUAAAUAACAAAGAAUCACAUAUUGAUAAAACAGACGGACAUUUUAAAUUAGAAAUGAAUAAUGAUGAUGUAAGAAAAGUUAAAGAAGAAAAGAAUGAUGUGUCAUCUCCAGAAGGAACUGCCGUUACCGUGGAGCCAGUUUAUGAUUUGUUACCUCUUCAACGUAGAAAACAUUUUUUUGAAACAGAUUUUCAAUACACAUCAUUUCUUUCACGUAAUUCAGUUGACAUACGAGACAGUAAAAAUUAUGUUAAUGCAAAAGUUACCAAAAUAAUCGACAACAAGUAACAUACUCGUAAUGUAAUAAUUUUGAUGACGAUAAAAGUACGCGUACUAUAUUUAGAGCUGUUGUGUCCAAACUUCAAGUCGCUGUAAUGAUUGCCAAUCUUCGUUAGGAGACGGCACCAAAAG